AUGGACAGUACCACCUGGAGCCCCACGACCAACACUGCCGCAACCCUCGCACCCCACGAGCGCAUCCGCAAUGCGGCUGACAUCUCUGUCAUCGUCGUCUACUUUGUGGUGGUGAUGGCUGUUGGACUGUGGGCUAUGUUUUCCACUAAUCGUGGGACUGUUGGAGGCUUCUUCCUGGCAGGACGAAGUAUGGUGUGGUGGCCGGUUGGAGCAUCUCUCUUUGCCAGUAACAUUGGAAGUGGCCACUUUGUGGGGCUGGCAGGGACAGGAGCUGCUGCAGGCAUCGCCACUGGGGGCUUUGAAUGGAAUGCCCUGAUUUGGGUGGUUGUCUUGGGCUGGGUGUUUGUUCCCAUUUACAUUAAGGCUGGGGUGGUGACAAUGCCAGAGUACCUGAGGAAGCGAUUUGGAGGCAAGAGGAUCCAGAUCUACCUCUCUGUUCUGUCCCUGUUACUCUACAUUUUCACCAAGAUCUCGGCAGACAUCUUCUCUGGGGCCAUAUUCAUCAACAUGGCCUUGGGUCUGGAUCUGUAUCUGGCCAUCUUUCUUUUAUUGGCAAUCACUGGCCUUUAUACAAUCACAGGGGGCCUGGCAGCUGUGAUUUACACGGACACCUUGCAGACGGUGAUCAUGCUGGUGGGGUCUUUUAUCCUGACUGGGUUUGCUUUUCACGAAGUGGGAGGGUAUGAUGCUUUCAUGACAAAGUAUAUGAAUGCCAUUCCAACUGUGACAUCUGAUGGAAACAUCACCACCAAGGAAGAAUGUUAUACACCGAGAGCUGACUCCUUCCACAUCUUCCGAGACCCCCUCACUGGAGACCUGCCAUGGCCUGGGCUCAUCUUUGGGUUGUCCAUCCUUGCCCUGUGGUACUGGUGCACAGAUCAGGUCAUUGUGCAACGCUGCCUCUCGGCCAAAAACAUGUCUCAUGUGAAGGCCGGCUGUGUCAUGUGUGGGUACCUGAAGCUGCUGCCUAUGUUCCUCAUGGUGAUGCCGGGAAUGAUCAGCCGCAUCCUGUACACAGAAAAAGUUGCCUGCACCGUCCCCUCGGAAUGUAAGAAAUAUUGUGGCACUGAGGUUGGCUGUACCAACAUUGCUUACCCGACCUUGGUGGUGGAGCUCAUGCCUGAUGGACUACGAGGCCUGAUGCUGUCGGUCAUGCUGGCUUCCCUCAUGAGCUCCCUAACUUCUAUCUUCAAUAGUGCCAGCACCCUCUUCACCAUGGAUAUCUACACCAAGAUCCGGAAGGGAGCAUCUGAGAAAGAGCUCAUGAUUGCAGGAAGGUUGUUCAUCUUGGUACUGAUUGGCGUCAGCAUUGCCUGGGUGCCUAUUGUGCAGUCAGCACAAAGUGGGCAGCUCUUUGAUUACAUCCAGUCCAUCACCAGUUACUUGGGACCACCCAUUGCAGCUGUCUUCCUGCUGGCUAUUUUCUGCAAGAGAGUCAAUGAGCAGGGAGCCUUUUGGGGACUGAUCAUAGGAUUUCUGAUUGGGGUGUCCCGUAUGGUGGCUGAAUUUUCCUAUGGAACUGGGAGCUGCAUGCAGCCCAGCAACUGUCCCAAAAUUAUCUGUGGUGUGCACUACCUGUAUUUUGCCAUCAUUCUCUUUGUCAUUUCUAUCAUCAUCAUCGUGGUCGUGUCUCUCUUCACCAAGCCCAUUCCUGAUGUGCAUCUCUACCGUCUGUGUUGGAGCCUGCGUAACAGCAAAGAGGAACGUAUUGACUUGGAUGCAGGAGAGGAGGACAUCCAAGAAACCCCAGAGGAGACCAUUGAAAUUGACACAGAAGUUGCUGAGGAGAAAAAAGGAUGUUUCAAGCGGGCCUAUGACCUGUUUUGUGGCCUGGACCAGCAGAAGGGCCCCAAAAUGACAAAAGAGGAGGAGGCAGCUAUGAAGCAGAAGAUGACAGACACCUCUGAGAAGCCUUUGUGGAGAACAAUAGUUAACAUCAAUGGCAUCAUCCUGCUUGCUGUGGCUGUUUUCUGCCAUGCAUAUUUUGCCUGAGUUGCUGUGUUUGCAAGGUCAGACUUUUACUCUGCCUCCUUUAGUACCAUUCUGUGGUGUUAAAGGUAAACCAACCAGUUGUAAAUUUUGCCCAGUUGAUAAAUGUGUACAGGUGUAAUUGCAGGCCAGCUGAAGAAAAAUCAUUAAUUUGCUCUUAAAUUAUGUAUUUGACACCAGUGUGAUAUUGUCAGCUGUACAUAUUAAAGCUGCAGAAGGAAAAUCCAACUUAGUCAUGUCCUGGGAAAGACAGACUAAGAAACAGAAGCUCUGUUAUGUCUGAUGCAAAUUUGUCUCAGGUAGAUUCAGUGUGUCAAUGUUGUGAUCCUUGAAUAUUACUUUAAGAGCUGUGGUCUUCCGGGUUGAUGCCACUUUCCCUAUAUGACCUUCCCCUUAUGUUUUUUUAAGAGAAAAAUUUUCCCUCUCAUAUCCCUGUCAAGUUUUUCUUUGACACAAGGAAAUUAUUGUGAUAAAUUGAUGAAUGCAUUGAAGCUGAAAGUGGGAGCUUGAUAGUCGCUGCUCUGUGUGUUUUCUCUUUGAAGGGAAAGCUUAGGGAUGGCAGGACUUACCCCAAAGGGAGGGACCCAGGAACCAGCCUCAGACAUGUGGGGAAAGUGGAUAAUCUUGAGUCAAGGGAUUUUUUUUGUUUUUUAAAGAACUGUCCAUUGUGAGUUCCUCAUGUUUGAGAUUUGAGUUAUUUUGUCAUUUGCUGUAUCCGGAAUGUCUUAGGCAUUCAGCAAUGCUUAUAGACCAAAUGGAUCAUUUGGGCAUUUACUUAUAAAUACUUUCUUUAUUUUUAUGUAACCCUGGCCCUUGGUUAAACAUCUGUGUGUGUAUGUGUGGCUGCACAAAGUACAUACUCUGGUGACUCUCAUCAAUUGGAAUGCACUUUCCAGAGGCCACUCUUCCUUAUGGUGCAGAUAUUGACAUAUGAGCUUAAAAGCUGAUCUAUGUCACAGAGUAGAGCAAAUAUACCUCUUGGGACAUCUGUCAUAUCAAAGCAGCCACAGUCUCUUGAAAUGUAUAAACAAUUAGCCCAAUAUUCUCUUCCCCAUGAGUAAAUGGAACCACAACCCUUCCUUUUUAAGGUGUCUUGGUUGGUGAUCAUCCAUUGACCAAAGUUAGGGUAGGUGGUCUGUGUCCUGAGUGGUAGCACUCAACACUUUUAGCUGACAGGAGUACUCUUGUUGAAGCUGUUUCCUAGGGAGAAGUGUUUAAAAUAUAAUUUAAAUAUAAUUAAUUUAAUUUAAUUUAAUUAUUGUAGUCCCACCUGUGAAAUCUCAAAUUAUGUUGUAAUAUGAAGUCUUUAAAGUUAAGAAAAAGUCAUGAUGUUAAUAUUGCCUGAUUUCAAGCUAGCUUAGAAAAGAUCUGGGAUCUGAGGUGCUGUGGAGCUGAGAGCAGUUGCUAGGUAUAUAAACGGUUCAACUGGCAAAGGAGUAUCUUGUUCUUGUGGAAGGAAGGGCACUAUUUUAUAUACCCUCGUAUUGCCCUUAACUGAGGCAGAGAAGAGGGGAAUGUGGGGAAUUUUACAUGGCUGGCGUUACUCAGCAGACUCUGUUUCAUGUGGAGUUUGUGGUAUUUUUGAGUCUUGGGAGGAUUAAGGGAGAGGAUUGAAAACUGGUAGAUGAAGCGGGUACAACAUAUCUAGCUUGUCCUGGAUUCAGGUUCUUGCAUUGCCAAUGAUUUACCAUGUAUAUUGUGAUAAAUUAUUUUACCUUAACUGUGUAUUUUUCUGUUUGAAAAAUGGGGACCUUGGUGCUUAUAGCAUCUACCUACCUCCUCUGGGUGUGACUGGGUCACUUUGUUAAGGGGAUGACAGAUACAUACAUGAAAGAUGCCAAACAGAUGUUAUAUGAAACUGCAUUUGUCCCAUAAAUUAAACUGUAUUACUUUGAUAAUAAUAAAAUCAUAAAAAACUGUAA